AUGUGGGGAAUCGAUCUCCAUACGGACGCAGCGAAGCUCUCUCCUGCGUCCGCAUGCGCCGAGAUCCCACUGCUGUCAACGGAUGACACUGCAGCCCAGUCGCCAGCGACGGCGGCAGCUGCUGCUGCUGCUGCUGCUUCGUCAGGAGAUGGGAACAGCUCACAAGGCGGCAAGCCACCUCCAUCACCGCCAUCCUGCCUGCUCUCGGUCAUGGCCUGUCUCAGCUCGUAUGAGAUUGAUGGCUUGCGAUGGCUGCUGGCCGAGCUGAACGUUUCCACGACGAUGGUGAGGGUGUGUCCCGAGGAGCUGGGGGAUCCUGGGGAGCUCAUGUCGACCGUGGAGAUUCUGUUGAACGAGUAUGAAAGCCGGUUUCGCGAGGACAAGGCCACUGGACAUUUUAUGCUCAUACCGGGAAUACAAUCUGAGAAUCUGCGUGUGUCGCCCGCACCAAUACCUGACAACAUUGUGAAAAUAGUUGCAGUUGAAACAGAGAUUGUAUGCAAGUCCUCAGCUGCUACUGCAUCUCCAAGAAAGACAGCAGGUAUAUCAUCUCGUGACGACCACAUUGAAGUCUGAAUUUGAAGUGCGAAGAUGCUUCAGCAACCACAUCGUACUUUUCCAUUGCUUUCAUUGUGCUUCUACUGUGCAUGUGUGUAACUUGUGGGGUAUACAUGUGAUGACAUUGUAUGCUGGCGACACGGUCAGAUUUUGUCCAUGCGUGUAACGUACACCUGCAUGUUAUGCAUCGAUAAGGAUCUGCCACUUGCGAUCCUGGGACAAGUAUGAGGUCAGCUUUAUCUUGUGUGGGCUGUACCAGAUUGCUGUUCACUUUUCUAUCUGUUGGAUAUGUGACUUUCUGCAAGUCUCUGGUGUAUGGUGGCCACUUCUUUUCUUGUCAAUUUGUAUGAUAUUACAUUCUGUAUUCGCUGCUUCCAUGGCGUGGUCUGCAAACUACAAUCCUUGGGCAAAUGUCAUGUUUGCUAUGUUGUGCUUUGGCCGUUAGCUUGUCUACACGUUGUAGUUGAAUUAUUUUGUUCCACAACUGACUUCCUGAAGUACGGUGGCCACUGCUUUGCAUGGCAUUUUA